AUGACUGCCAUACUCGGUGCCGGUAUUAGUGGACUAGCGGCCGGUCACUACCUGCUCAGGAAAACACCGACUCUACCUCUUACGAUAUAUGAAGCAACGGAUCGUAUCGGUGGAUGGAUUCGGUCAGAUCGAUUUUUGGAUAAUGGUUUUGUGUUCGAGGCUGGUCCACGAACAAUUCGACCCAAAGGGCCUGCAGCAAGCAACACCCUCCAGCUGAUAGAGGAGCUCGGGUUAGCCGAUGAGGUAUAUUCCAUCAGCUCCAAUCAUACUGCCGCUCGCAAUCGCAUGAUUUACGCCAAAGGAAAACUCAACCUGCUUCCCAACUCACUAGGCGGACUGUUGAAAACGGUACCACCAUUCACGAAGCCACUGUAUUUUGCAGCCUUUCGUGAUCUUACAGCGGGACGUUCCAAAACGGUGCUGAACGACGAAUCCAUGUACUCUUUCGUAGAACGAAGGUUUGGCAAGGAAAUUGCCGAUUAUGCGGUCAGUUCUAUGCUGUGUGGUAUUUGUGCCGGUAAUGCGAAAGAGAUAAGCGUCAAGUUUCUAAUGAAAGAUCUUUUCGAGCGAGAACAACGACAUGGUGGUGUUUUGCUAGGUUUGCUGAAAGAGGCUCUACAGAACCGAAACAAGCAAAAACAACGUGAAAAUGUUACCACCAAUCCUACAUCGGCGUCAAGCUUGGCGCAGCGUGCAAAGGCAGAAAACUGGAGCAUUUACUCGAUACGUGGUGGUCUGCAGACUCUGCCGGAAACGUUGGCCGAAGAUCUGCGCGCGAAAGGUGUACCCAUUGUAACGGGUACGAAAUUCGAAGAGUUAACCUUUGAGCGUGACCGCGUUAUGUUGCGGGUCGAUGGUAAAGAGCAACAGCUGCGACAUCUCGUUAGCAGUAUUCCAAGCUAUAAGUUAGCAAAACACGUGCAGAAGCAACAUUCUCAGCUGGCCUCCACGUUAAGCAGCAUCCCGUUCGUAGACGUGUGUGUAGUUAAUCUACAGUACCGCAAGGCUGAUUUAUUGCAGCAGGAUGGAUUUGGAUUUUUGGUUCCUCCGAUAGAGAAUUUACCCAUCCUGGGUGUAAUUUUCGAUAGCUGUUGUUUCGACAUGGAUGACAACACGGUCCUCACAGUGAUGAUGGGUGGCGCUUGGUUUGAGAAGUGGUUUGGCAAGAACCCUUCGAACGAGCAUUUGCUCGAGGUUGCCCUAAAACACGUCAGUAAGAUACUUCACAUUGACCAACCCCCGGACAGCUACAAGGUAAACUUGCUUCGCAAAUGCAUCCCUCAGUACACCGUCGGUCAUCAGGAUCGGGUGAAGGCGAUACGGGAUUAUAUCGAACAGCAUCGACUGCCGAUCGUGCUAUGUGGUGCCUCAUACGAUGGAGUCGGGGUGAAUGACGUUAUACUAUCGGCUCGGACUAAUGUGGAGAAAAUACAACACUGA